GUACAGUGACAAAGGUGUGAAGCCCGAGAGAGGUCGAUUCUUGCAUUUUCACUCGGUGACCUUCUGGGUGGGCAAUGCCAAACAGGCUGCAUCAUUCUACUGCAACAAGAUGGGCUUUGAACCACUAGCCUACAAAGGCCUGGAGACAGGCUCCCGGGAGGUGGUCAGCCACGUGAUCAAGCAUGGGAAGAUUGUGUUUGUCCUCACCUCAGCCCUGAACCCCUGGAACAAAGAGAUGGGUGAUCACCUGGUAAAACAUGGAGAUGGUGUGAAGGACAUCGCGUUUGAGGUGGAAGACUGUGACUACAUCGUGCAGAAAGCCCGGGAACGGGGUGCCAAGAUCGUGCGCGAGCCCUGGGUGGAACAGGACAAGUAUGGGAAGGUGAAGUUUGCUAUGUUGCAGACGUAUGGGGAUACCACACACACAUUGGUGGAGAAGAUCAACUACACGGGCCGCUUCCUGCCUGGCUUCGAGGCCCCAAUAUUUAUGGACCCCUUACUAUCUAAGCUGCCCAAGUGCAACCUCGAGAUGAUCGAUCACAUUGUGGGGAACCAGCCUGACCAGGAGAUGGUAUCUGCUUCUGAUUGGUACCUGAAGAAUCUCCAGUUCCACCGCUUCUGGUCCGUGGAUGACACACAGGUGCACACGGAGUACAGCUCUCUCCGCUCCAUCGUGGUGGCCAAUUACGAGGAGUCCAUUAAGAUGCCCAUCAACGAGCCAGCACCGGGCAAGAAGAAAUCCCAGAUCCAGGAAUAUGUGGACUAUAACGGGGGCGCUGGUGUCCAGCACAUCGCUCUUAAGACUCAAGACAUCAUCACAGCGAUUCGCCACUUGAAGGAGAGAGGAAUGGAGUUCUUGGCUGUUCCAUCCACAUACUACAAACAACUGCGGGAGAAGCUCAAGUCAGCCAAGAUCCGCGUGAAGGAGAGCAUCGACGUUCUGGAGGAGCUGAAAAUCCUGGUGGACUACGAUGAGAAGGGCUACCUGCUGCAGAUCUUCACCAAGCCCGUGCAGGACCGGCCCACGCUCUUCCUGGAAGUUAUCCAGCGCAACAACCAUCAGGGUUUCGGGGCCGGCAACUUCAACUCACUGUUCAAGGCCUUUGAGGAGGAGCAGAACCUAAGGGGAAAUCUCACUGACCUGGACACUAACGGGUUGGCUCCGGGCAUGUAG